UCCCAGGGCGCCAGGUCGCCCCCAGCCCCCUCCCUCCUCCCACCCUCUCUCUGUCCCACCCUCCCCAGCUUUGUGCCCGGGGCGCCCAGCCGCUUCCCCCUCAGCCACGCCGCGGGAGGAGGGAGCCGCCACCGAGGAGCUGCCGCUCGCUGCCCCGGCCAGGGGCACAGCUUGAACCCGUGAAUUCCAGAAGGAUCAAACAGGGCCAUGCCUGGUGUCUGCUUUCUGAUCUGCAGGUAGGGUAGGGCUCUGAAUGUCCAAUCACAGGGAUAAAGACCGAAGGAGAUCCGCUUUAUCUCUUCGUCAGGAUUAAAGUCUGAGGUUGAAGGGGCCAGAUGCUUACUGCUACUGGAAGAAGAGCUUAGAUCACACCCAAGACAAUGUCUUACUACCUCAACUCAGAAAAUCACCUGGACCCAGGGCCCAUCUAUGUGCGAGAAAAUGGGCAGCUGCACAUGGUCAAUCUGGCCUUGGAUGGCGUCGGGAGUAGCCUGCAGAAGCCAAGGCCUUUCAGACUGUUUCCCAAAGGCUUUUCUGUGGAGCUUUGCAUGAACAGGGAAGAUGAUACUGCACAGAAAGAGAAGACUGAUCAUUUCAUCUUCACAUACACCCGGGAGGGGAAUCUUCGGUACUCCGCCAAAUCUCUCUUCAGCCUCGUCUUGGGCUUCAUCUCCGACAAUGUUGAUCACAUUGAUUCCCUCAUUGGCUUUCCUGAGCAGAUUGCUGAAAAGCUGUUCUCUGCUGCUGAAGCCAGACAGAAGUUCACAGAGCCAGGUGCGGGGCUGAGGGCUUUACAGAAAUUCACUGAGGCCUAUGGAAGUCUGGUGCUUUGCUCCCUGUGUCUGCGAAACAGAUGUCUGGUGAUUUCAGAAAAACUUGAGGAGAUUAAGUCUUUCCGGGAGCUGACCUGCCUGGAUCUUUCCUGUUGCAAGCUUGGAGACGAACAUGAACUUCUAGAACAUCUCACCAAUGAGGCCCUGUCUAGUGUAACUCAACUCCACCUGAAGGAUAAUUGUUUAUCUGAUGCCGGGGUGCGGAAAAUGACAGCACCAGUUCGAGUGAUGAAAAGAGGCCUGGAAAAUCUAACAUUAUUAGACUUAUCUUGUAACCCUGAGAUCACAGAUGCAGGAAUUGGAUACCUCUUUUCUUUUAGAAAACUAAACUGCUUAGAUAUCUCUGGGACGGGGAUCAAGGACAUCAAAGCCAUCAAACACAAGCUGCAGACCCACAUAGGCCUUGUUCACUCUAAAGUGCCUUUGAAGGAGUUUGAUCACAGUAACUGCAAGACAGAGGGCUGGGCUGACCAGAUUGUUCUGCAGUGGGAGCGUGUGACUUCGGAAGCUGUGAAGCCACGAGAAACCUCGGAGCCUCGAGCAGCAGCUCAGCGCUUCUAUGGGAAGCGGGCUCGAACAGAAGCCCUAGGGAAGUGUCCCCUGGCAGACACCCACGUGAACUCUUCCGAGAAACUCCAGUUCUACAGAGAGAAAGCCCCAGACUGCCACGGGCCAUUGUUGAAACGUGAACCUGUCUCAAGCCAGGAGUCAAAGAAGAGCAAGAAGAGAGCUCUUGAGGAGCCAGAGAAGGAACAGAAUAACUCGUCACAGUCUGCAAAGCAGAAAUACGUGUGUCUUGCCAUGGAAGACUGGGACUUGUUAAAUUCCUAUUGAUUGGCAGAUAUAAGUUGACCUUUUGCCCUCCAACUCUAAUGUAUGAGGAAAAGGGGCCGAUGAUGUUUUCCUUUUUGUUUGAAUUUACCUAUGGUAUUAGCAUAGCAAGCAGAUAUUUCUACUUUUGUGGUGGGGGAGGGGAAUGUUAUGGAAGUAUGUAAUAAUUUCUAAUGUAUAUUUUCAAUACAUAGUAAUUUUUCAAAUAAACCUUUUUGCUCUCC